AUGCGGCCGCGCGAGCGCACGGAGGAGGAGACGAACUUCGCCAAGUCUGUGCUGCCGCACGUGGACUUCGCCAGCAGCUACGAGUGCCUCCUCUUCGACGCGGACCGGCUGAACGGGCACCUCAACCGCAAGGAGUUCGGCAACGAGAUCCGCUACCGCCUCGAGAAGCAGUCGAACACCGUUGCGCGCGCGCAGCAGCUGCUGAAGGACAAGAAGGCCGGCGCCGACGAGCGCGUGGAGAACACGAUGAUCGCCCGCGUCUUCGACGAGGAGCACGUGCAGGCGGAGAUGAAGUACGUGAAGUGCAUCCGCGCCAACGAGCUCGCGGAGGACAACCGGCUCGACAUCCUCCCCGGCGGCUCGCCCAACUCGCUGCGCGAGAAGACGCGGUGGAACGUCAACACCGAGCUGCACCCCGCCGACCGCGCGGAGAUCGGCGCCCGCCUCACCGCGUGGCUGCCGGAGAAGUACCACAUCGUCUACUUCGACGACUUCCAGACGGUCGCCGCCAACGACCCGGUGGCGCGGCGCGAGAUGCUGAGCAUCGUGCAGAACGUCGAGAAGGAGUACGCCGCGGAGGCAAAGACGGGCGGCUACGAGACGGACCUCAAGGAGGUCGUGCAGGAGCUCCUCGACGACAUCGACCCAUCGCGCCACAUCACCACCGACGCGAUCAAGAAGUGCAGCGACCUCGAGCAGCUGGAGGAGUGGUCGCACACGGUCCACGAGUACAACGGCGACGAACGCAUCCUCGACAUCUAUGCACGCGCGGCGGAGCUCACCAAGAACGCGGACCACCAGGCCCUCGUGAAGAACAUGCGGGAGUGGUAUAAGCUGGCGAAGAAGAUUUAG